AACGAGUUGGACAGUUGCUUCUUGAAGUAUCCUCCAUUGCAUACCUAUAUGCCUGUAAAGGAUCUUACGGAAGAGCCUCCAAGCGAAAUUUCUCAAGCAUUGCUUGUCGAAGCCAGGAUCUACGAGUCAUUCCGGGACUUGCCUCACCCUCAUAUCCUCCAGUAUAAGGGCUGCGUUGUACGAGACGGACGUAUUGUCGCAUUGGCUCUUCCCAAGCUCCCCGAGACCUUGGGUGCGCGGAUCGAAGACGAGACCAGGCCGAUCGAUGGAGUGAAAGUCUAUGAAGAAGUUUCCGCUGGGCUGCGCUACCUUCACUCACUUGGGCUUGCACACAACGAUAUCGCCCCUUCGAACAUUAUGUUGCGGGAGGACGAUACGGCGGUUAUCAUCGACUUUGGUUCUUGUGCGAAGGAAGGAGAGGCGACCAGUGGCACGGUAUCGGUUGGCUGGUCGCUGAAUGGUCCCAAGUCCGAGAAGAGAAAGGAUAAACAUGCACUGGAGGUUUUGAAAAAGUACCUCGAAGACCCAUUGCAUCGGGACCCAUUCCACCAAUAUGAGGAGAUUUGAGGCUCUGGC